AUGACACGCACCACUAACAUCUUCGUCGCUGCGGCCGUCUGCGCUUGUGGCCUGACGACGGCUGUCGCAGAGCGUCCCAAACCACUAAAUGCAGCAGCCUUUGAAGAGGCCGUCACCACAGAAAGCCUGAUGUCAACUCUAGCUUCCCUUCAGACCAUCGCCGACGAGAAUGGUGGCAAUCGCGCUUUCGGCCAGCCCGGUUACGCCGCCUCUGUAGACUUCAUCCUCUCUGAGCUCGACAAAUCCAAGUCCUGGAUCAGCUCAGUCCAAGACUUUCCAGCUCUGUAUGCCGAAACCACCGCCAUCGACUUCACCGUCGACGACACGAGCUACUACAUCUAUGGCCUGACCUACUCACCAUCCACCGAGGAAGGCGGAUUCACCGCUGAGCUAGUUCUCGGCCCGUCCGGUGCAGCUGGUUGCAAUGCCUCCGGAUAUGCCGAUCUCGAUGUGACGGACAAGAUCGUGCUCGUCGAGCGCUUUCGCUGUCCUACAGGGGGAACUCUGGCUGGGCGAGUACGGCCAGCAGCCGCAGCGGGAGCCAAGGGUGUGGUCAUCUACAGCGACAUUGACACGAAGGUGACCGCGGGCACACUAUCUGCUCCGGACCCGGACGAAUUUGUACCUGCAGGCUAUAUCAAUCGUGCAGACGGCCUACCUCUCGUGGAGAGACUUGAAGCCGGUGAGACAAUUGAAGCGCAUCUCGAGCUGGUGCAAUUGAUUGAGGAGCGCAUCACUCAAAACGUCUUCGUCGAAAGCGGAUGCGGCGAUUCCGAUAAUCUAAUCAUCCUCGGAGCCCACCUCGACUCUGUGCAAGCUGGACCUGGUAUCAACGAUGACGGGUCUGGGAGUGCGCUAUUGCUUUCUCUCUUCCACGCAAUUCAACCAUACACCUUUACCAACAGGAUCCGAUUUGCAUGGUGGGGUGCAGAGGAGAACGGCCUUGUGGGCAGCACGUACUAUACCGACAACGUCACGCCAGAAGAGGCUGACUCGAUCUUGGUAUACCUCAACUUCGAUAUGGUUUCCCGAGGCUAUUUUGGCGUGUUUGAUGGAGAUGGAAGCACUCACAACGUGACUGGCGCGCCUGGUAGCGAAGUGAUCGAGCAGCUCUUUGUGGAUCACCUUGAGGGGAGAGGAAUCAACGUCACAGCCGCUGCUUCUACGGGCGGCUCUGACUACGCGACGUUCAUGAGCACACUGGAGAAGCCUGUGGGUGGGCUCCAUACCGGGACUGGGGUCGCUCAAGACCCAUGCUAUCACCAGGAAUGUGACACAUACGAGAACGCCAACAGCACGGUCUUGGCCAUCAAUGCAAAGGCUGUGGCGAAUGUUCUCACGACACUAGCGAUGAAAGGCCAAGAUCUGAUCCCGAAGGCGCCAUCCAACGUAACUCGACUUGCCAAGCGUGGCGCCGGCAUCACUUCCGCUGAGCUGUUCCCAUGGUCUCAGAUCCCAGGCGAGAAGCACCUGCACCUUGGAACUUGCGGCCAUGAUGACUAG